AUGGCGAGAAGAGAGUGGGGCCAUAAUGGGAGAGGCAAAUGGUGUUCAUACAAGAGGACGACACUCAUUGUUUGUUCCAUCAACAUUUUCGUUGCUCUCUAUGUGCUUCGCAAUCUCUACACUUCUCUUUACAUGUACCCCUUCAGUGAUUCUGAUACCUCAUUUAGGUACGCCUCAGACCAGAUCAGGAAAAUGGAAGAAUCAAAUCAAAUACGAAAAGCAUCAGAGCCUACCGAACUUAUUAAAUUGGUAAGACAACUAAAGAAAGAUUUUUUAAAAGAAGAAAGAGUGGUGGAACUGCCACAGCACUUGAAACAGAAGUUAGCAGAUGAGAUUCUAGUCAGAUUAAGAAGCUUGAAUGCCGGUGCCAAUGCAACUGUGCAACAAGAGGCAGUUGAAAGCUGGCGGAAAGAAAAACUAAAAAAAGUAAAGAGACUUGUUCGUGGGAAAAUCUUGAAUUCAACGAUUUUGCCUGAGGAAGCUGGUGUUGUUGCAAGAGCUUUGGGUUCCGAUUGGGCCAAGUUAUUAGAAAAUUUUGGCCUCUGGAUUCCGAUCAAAACCAAUACUAAGGAACAUGAUGACAAACCUGAGGGUGAAGAGGAGUUUGACAGUCGGAUCCUACCAGGCAGACAGCUCCCUCUUGAAUGCCAUGCCGAAGUUCAUACAGACUAUGGUGGUGAUGCUGUCAGGUGGGGCCUUACCCACCAUAAAGAGUCUGCAUAUGAAUGUUGUAUGGCCUGUCUGAAUCAAGCCAAACGUGCCAAACCUGGUGAAAAGAGAUGCAAUAUAUGGGUUUAUUGCCCAUCCGAGACUGGAUGCCACUCUCCAGAUAUUUAUGAACACAAAAAUCAAGAAUGCUGGCUGAAAUAUUCGGAGAAACCCAAAUCAAAUUUUAAGGACAGGUAUCCUGAAUCAUAUAGAAAUGCACAUCCAAAAGCGCCAGUAAUUGUUCCAUGGGUAGCUGGUGUGGUCAGCGUCUGA